AAUCAUCAUCAGCAUGUUCGCCAACCAUCCGAGUCUAGUACAUCUUCUGACAAGGUUUAUUCAUUUGUCGCUAUUCCCGGAACAAAUCAAAAGAAACGUCCGCGCAGAAGAUAUGAUGAGAUCGAACGUCUAUACCACUGCAACUGGCCAGCCUGUACAAAGUCCUAUGGUACCCUCAACCAUUUGAAUGCGCAUGUGAGCAUGCAGAAACAUGGUAAUAAACGACAUCCGACCGAGUUCAAAGAGAUGCGAAAGGAAUGGCGUCGUCAAAAGAAAGAACGCGAGGCA